ACGUAUGGAGGGUCCAACUCCACCUGUAUUAGCACUGAGAAAAGGUGCUUGGACUCCUGUUGAAGACGAGCUUCUCAGAAACUGCAUUCAAAGACAUGGAGAAGGCAAAUGGCAUAAAGUCCCUUCAAGAGCUGGGUUGAACAGAUGCAGGAAAAGUUGUAGAUUAAGGUGGUUAAACUAUCUUAAACCAGACAUUAAAAGAGAAAAAUUCACUUCAGAUGAGAUUGACCUAAUGGUCAGGCUUCACAACCUUCUAGGAAACAGAUGGUCAUUAAUAGCUGGUAGACUACCAGGAAGAACAGCAAAUGAUGUGAAAAAUUUCUGGAAUACUCAUAUGCGCAAGAAGCAGAAGUCCUAUAAUCCUUAUUCUGAGGAAGAUGGUAUGAAAGGCAAAACAGUAAAAACAAUAACCAGCACUAAGAAUGAAAUUGUAAAGCCUCGACCCUUUAAACUCUCAAAAAAUAUAUCUUCAUUUAUUGGAACCCUACAAGAUAAAGAUCAUCAAGGUCACAGUGAUAAUCAUUUUGGCAAGGCUUCUAUGCCUGUUGAAUUUCCACCAUCGGGUAAUAAAGAAGAUAAAGAAAUAAAUAUAUCGAACACCAUAAACCCUUUGCAGGAGAAAGUGUCAGCGGAUUCUUUGAAGGGGAGAGUAGCAGUAAGGAAAAUGACUGGUGGAGUAACAUUUCCUAUGAGGAGGAAAUCUGGAAUUUUUUCUUCAAUGAAGAACAAGAACCAAACCUUGAUGAGAUUGAGAUGCAGAUAGAGAUAAUGGAUUUUCAAGAUCUUUAGCUUUCUUAAUUUCCACUGUCGCUUUUACUGUAGCUUGUAUAAAGUUCAAUUUCUAUGGCUUGAAUCUUGAUUAGGUUAUAAAAGUUUCAAGUUACUCA